AUGGCAGCAGCAGAAGCAGAAGUCGCAGACGCGCUCUAUAACCUCCGCCUGAGCAUCAAAGCCAGCGCAACACCGAUCCUCACCACGAGCGCCGAACCCACACCAGGCGACACCGUCGCUGAUCUCGCCAUCGCAACACACGUGUCCUUCAAUACCGACUCUGGCGACCACAGGGUGUUUGCGCUAAAUACCCCUACGCGAUUUGCGCCAGAUGGCAAGGCGGUAGAUUUGCGCAGCUGCUACUUCGCGUGGCUGAACAAGGACGCUUCUGUUACGGAUUACUUCGCCGCUGUCCAGACGCUCAAUGAGGAGCUGCCGAGUGGCGCUGGAGGAAGUGUGCAGAAUCUGACGUUCGCGCAAAAGAUUGAGCUUAUUGCUUGGUUGAGUGGAGAGACGGAGAGCAGUGAUAGCAUUGCUGCCAUAGAUGGAGGUGCGUUGAGUGCGGCCGCUGGUGAUGCAGCGGCUAUUGCAGGCGGCAAGGGCGUUCCAGUCGAUGGAGGAAGAGGCGUCAUGGUAGGAGGCGCGGGCAAGAUGGUGGAUGCGCGGUUACUCCAGAUCUACGAUGGGGAGAGGAAGAUGGGAGACCACAAUAGUGUGUUAAGAGGAUCCAAGAACGUCGACUUCUCACCUUACCGCAAAAUCGCCAGUACAUUCCUUCGCUCCCGGCCCGACGCCAACAAACUCCCUGCUCCCCAGCCCGCCCUCGUCGCCAACCUCCAGAAACGUCCUCAGCGCCGUCUACAACCCAUCAUUCUCCUUUCCCCAUCAGCCUCCUCCCUCCUCCGCACCUCGAACGUAAAGACCUUCCUAAGCGACGGUAUCUUCGUCCCACCCAACACCACAGACUCGUCUAGCACAUCCGCCUCAGCAAACAUGAUCCAAAUUCAGCGUCUCAUCCCCUCCGUCUCCUCACAACCGUUGACCUUCAUCUGCGUCGAUUCCACCGCCAGCUUCAAACCCACAUACUGGAGCCGUGUAGUCGCCAUCUUCACUACAGGCCAGCUCUGGCAGUUCAAGAGCUACAAGUAUACCCAGCCGGCUGAGCUGUUUGCAAACUACCCAGGUAUAUUUGUUGGCUGGAGCUCGGAAGAGCCACCGGAGACGGUCAAGCAAUUGGGUAGAGGUGUGCUACCCGUGGGCGUGGAUAAGUGGACUGGCAGCGAAAAGGGCAGGUGGAGGGACAGAGAGGUUGUGGAGAGGAUUUGGGGCAGGAUUGAAGAGGGUAUGCGGAAGGGAGGGUGGACCAGAGAUGGACCUGGUUUGGCUGGCCAGCAGGGUCGAUAA